AUCCCUGUACCCAUACUUUAGGUUGGAAGGGGAGGCGUGAAACAGCGAUGCCGUCAACAUCCUGCUGAUCAAAUGUAUGCUACUAUUGAGCAUGCGCUGAGCAAGGCUUGGACUCAUUUUAUUUGAACAUUAGGAAGAAAAGUUUUUCAAAGUCGAGGACGGCGGGGCCAUGUCGCCCUCUGAUCUUGUGUUUAGAUGGUGCGUGUUCGUGUUUCCUUUAGUCAUCGCACUUACAGCAGAUGAGGAUGAGCCCAGAAGUGACUGGAGGGUAUAGUCUAAAACAUUGACGAAGUUGACAGAAUUGCGCAGGAGCCCUCCAGCGGACAGGUGGCUGUCAUCGUCACCGCACACUGAGACUACAGGAAACACGCAGAGGACAAACUCCAGACGGUGUAUAAAAUACAGCUGAGCGCAGAGAGCAGGGAGGAGAGCAGGAUCCGAAGUGACUUUUGACGCGGCAGUCGACUCAAACACAAGCAGACAGACAUCGGGUGUGUGUGUGCGCGCGCUCCAGCUACACAGAGAGAGAGAGAGAGAGAGAGAGAGAGAGAGAGAGAGCACCAGCAGUCUGACAAAGCUGCACUCCCUCGAAGUUUGACAUCCCCAGCGGACGACAGACGGAGUUCUGCUCCGCCGCUGCCAUGGAGCCUCGGAAGUGUGCCGGAUCUGUAUUGAUUGGUGUUUACCUGUGGGCGACAUUCUGCUGUCAAGGCUGUCAUGGCGGUGUGUACCAGAGAAAGCUGUACCGUGAGCUGAUGGUGAACUACAAUCGGCUGGAAAGGCCUGUCCAAAACGACUCUGCACCCAUUGUGGUGGAACUCGGCCUCACACUGCUACAAAUCAUUGAUGUGGAUGAAAAGAACCAAGUGUUGAUCACAAAUGCCUGGCUGCAGCUGUAUUGGACGGACAUUUACCUCUCAUGGAACCCAGAGAACUACCCCGGGGUUCAGAACCUACGCUUCCCGUCCAAUCUGGUAUGGGUCCCAGAUAUCCUCCUCUACAACAGCGCCGAUGAGAGGUUUGAUGCAACAUUCCAUACUAAUGUGCUGGUAAAUGCAACAGGAUCCUGCCAGUAUAUCCCACCAGGCAUCCUGAAGAGUACCUGCUACAUCGAUGUACGGUGGUUCCCAUUCGAUGUGCAGAAGUGUGACCUGAAGUUUGGUUCCUGGACCCACAAUGGUUGGCUCCUGGACCUCCAGAUGAUGGACGUGGACAUUUCUACCUACAUACCCAAUGGGGAAUGGGAUCUCGUAGGUGUGCCAGCUAAGCGUAAUGAGCUGUACUACGACUGCUGUAAGGAGCCCUACCCCGAUGUGACGUUCACAGUCACCAUGCGUCGCAGGACACUUUACUACGGCCUCAACCUGCUCAUCCCCUGCGUGCUCAUCUCUGGUCUGGCCCUGCUGGUCUUCCUGCUCCCUGCUGACUCAGGAGAGAAGAUUUCACUGGGCAUCACAGUGCUGCUGUCUCUAACAGUGUUCAUGUUACUGGUAGCAGAGAUCAUGCCUGCCACUUCAGACUCUGUUCCUCUGAUUGCUCAGUACUUUGCUAGCACCAUGAUGAUUGUGGGCUUGUCUGUGGUGGUAACAGUCCUGGUACUGCAGUUCCACCACCAUGACCCACAUGGAGGGAAGAUGCCUAAAUGGGUCCGGGUCAUCUUACUCAACUGGUGCGCUUGGUUUCUCCGCAUGAAGAAACCCGGAGAGGAAAACAAAACAGCUGUGAGUUCUAGUAGCCCGCCAAACUACAAGUACUCCCACCCUCCUCUUCACCAUACCAGCACCAGCAGCAUUCAGAUGAGCACUAUACCAGGGCAGGCAUCCACCCAGUCAACCACGACCAACGGGAACAUGAACGUGUACUUUGGCUACCACUCGAUGAGCACAGAAAAUCCUGCUUUCCCACCGAGCACUGAUUCAGGUGUGGUGGUGUGCGGUGGAGGAGGCGGGGGCGCCCAUCCCAAUGGCUCCUCCCCACAUGACAUCCAUUCAGAACAGACGCGGACUUUGCUGCUGGAGCAGGUUCCAGAAAUUUCCCUGAUCCUGGAGGAAGUGCAGUACAUUGCCAGGCGCUUCCGAGAGCAGGACGAGGGAGAGGCGAUCUGCAGCGAGUGGAAGUUUGCUGCCGCGGUGGUGGAUCGGUUGUGUCUGGUGGCCUUCUCCCUCUUCUCUAUCAUCUGCACCUUCACCAUCCUCAUGUCAGCCCCCAAUUUCAUUGAGGCUGUGUCCAAAGACUUCACAUAAGGCUGACCUCGUCCCUCUCUGAGAGGAAAGAGAGAGGCAACAACUCUAACAUUAAAAACCAUGACAUGAUUAGAAUUGUGCCACAUAAACCUCCCUGCCAUGUGAAGCCACACAGUUAUUUCAGUUAUUUUAAGUGUUGUUAGUUA